AUGCCUUUCACUUUGACUCUCAAAGAAAAAUAGGACAUUCAAAGAAAAGAUUAAAUAACCCAUUAAUCGCUAAUAAGUUAAACAUAGAUUUGCAAUAUUGUCAAUUCAGCAUUUUGUUAUGAGAAUAUUUAAGCAUUGUUCAUAGAUAGAGUGAGCAAGAGUGAGCAUAUGCUAAAAAUGCUAGUUGAUGAUAAAAUAGUUAUGUUGAACUAAAAGUUUUCCCAGCCAGGAGAUAGGCCCGUCAUUCUUAAAUUAACUAAUCAUAGAAUUGGAGUUCUUAUUGAUUUCAAUAAGGGGACAUUUGAUUUUGAUAUUUUCAAAAAACUUAAUGCUAUCAACCAAAUAUUAAGUUCAAGUAAAAAUUGUGGAGUAUACUCCUAAGAGUUUCCUGAUAAAUUUGAAAUAUUUAUUCUGAGAAAAUUGGAAGAUGGUAGAGGAAACAUUUGGAAAGUGAAGAUAGGUAAAUCGGUCUUGUAGAAUAUAAUUAAAGAGCUAAUAGUUAAUGAAUGA